AUGGACGAGGAAGACUUUAGGGACACUUUCGAUGAUUUCGAUGACGAGACUGUCGCGGAUCCGGAAUCCGGUCUUGAGGCAAGCGCAGUUGGACUGAGUCUACGACUGAUCAAAAACGAUGGAGUGUUGAAGGUAACUUUCGAAAGCGAACAUGGCGGAGUGGUGGACUGGACAUUCCAAGGCUUGGGAAACGCCAACGCGGGUAGCAUGACAGCUUGCGCCUUCACGCAGACAAUGUCCGAGACAUCGACAAGCUGCGAAUGCAUGGGGAUGCUGCCGCCACAAUUAUCGAACAGCACUAUCCAGACAGUGAACACCGAACCCAACCCAGAACGCAUCGCUCGGCCUCGAGCAUUGAGUCUUAGCAUCAUCUCGACCACUGAAACCCGUCCCUUCAAACGUAAAGCGACAGAAGACAUGGAACAGCCUAAGCCACACAAGCGCGCGAGGAGUUUGCACGACUCUGUUCCAUGGCCUAACCACCUUCACAUGACUUGUUUUCGCACACAACCCGUCUUCAAAAGCAACAUCGGAACUUUGCAUAUCGACCUUAUAGACGGUACAGUGUGGUUCGAGGGCUGGUACGGAAAAGCGAAUGCACGAACUUACGAGAAGCAGCAGAUCGAUCUCUGCGAUCCAUCAAUUAAUGUCGAAUACUUAUACCACGACGACAACGACGCCGGGACCGACAAAUCCACCCACUAUCUCAAGAUUACCAAGAUAAACGAGAAGUUCGAACUGGAGACCUUGUUCUUAGCACGCUGUUCUGCUUACGGUUGGCAGAUAUGGGGUUCAGACAGAGACACAAGCCCAGGUCCCAACUCCACUACUUUCACAAGCCGAGAAGGGUAUAGGAUCAGAAACGCUCGCCUUGGCCGCAACAUUCCGAGUUCUCUUCCCGAUAAUACGACAACGAAAGAUGUCACACCUACCGUCAUCGUCGACGCGAUUGUUCACUGCAUUGACCGCGCAACUCAACGUCAACCUAUUCACGACCCAGAGACUGAGCAUAAGUUAGACCAAGAUCAUGACCUCCUCACUAUUGACCUAGCAAGUGAGGAGCAGUCUGAAGAAGCUGAUAAGAAAUAUUUGGCCGAGGAUAAGAAGUAUCAGGAGUGGGUGGACCGUAGCAAUCAACACAGAACUGUGCAAGAUCUGGAAAGAUCGCGCUACAGAAGAAAGGGUAGAAGUGCAAAGUGA